AUGCCAGUUCUUUUGCUUCUGAUGAUCUUCUGCAUUGGAUCAACCAAUUCUCUUCCUCGUCCUACCGGCGCCGAAUUUCUCAAGAAUUUGUCGUUUGAGUUUAAAGUGAAUGAGAUUGCUGACUUUUCGCCACAGCUCGAGGAUCUUCUUCGGAACGCCGAAUACUACCACAAGAACCUUUCCGUGAUCCAAUCCUGUGACCAACCAGUGGAGUUCGAUUUUGGAAGAUGUAAUAAGACUUUCUUCCGCCACAAGCACGGAGACACCAACCUCACUCUCUACUUGGACGAGCAAGGAAUCUUGUUUCUGAAGAACACCCUCGAAAACCCAUGCUUCGAACAAGAUGAUAGUAAGGAGAUUACCUUCCUCGUCUAUUCCUCGCACCAGACAUUGUGCAGAUUCGACUUCAAGCUCGUCAGUUACCACCCAAGCUAUCUCAACGAAUAUUUCACGCUGAUGAAGACACCAAUCAAAAACUGGUAUUACUACCAGAGAGCUCACUCCCCGCCUGAGCUUCUGAGCAGCCGGUUCUCCAGCACAACGUUCAUAAUUAUGGGGAUUUUUGUUGGCCUCGUCGUCGUCUGUUUCUUCUCAAUGCUCAUCGGCAAGUGUUUGACCUCGGAUGGGCUUGGAGAGGACGAGAAGGACGCCGAUGUCCACGAACUGGAGAACUUGGACGAGCCAGCUUUCCACUCAAUUGGAUUCAUCGAUGAUGACAUGGUCACAAGAGACGUUGAGCCAGCUGAAGUCUACUCGUACCCAUACCAGAACAAACUCCGUCCAGCCCUUCCUAAUAGUUUCCGGCUGAUCCAGAACUGCCAAAGCACUGACGGAAGCUGUGACUGCGAUGAAAGCAGUAAUGGAAUAAUCUUGACUCGUUUCUGA